GGAAAUAUUUAUAAUGAUAUUUUCAGUGCUCAUAGUGAAAAGGGAAUGAAACGGACCUGGCUUGAAGCAUGCAUCUUACUGCUGGUCCUGGUGCCAGACGAUGUGCUAUCCAUUCACGACGUACUGGUCGCAACAACAACCGGGGCGAUUAGAGGGUACGCGAGGAAAGUUCACGAGGGGAAGAUCGUCCUUUCCUUCACCGGCAUCCCAUACGCGAAACCUCCGAUCGGGGAUCUCCGAUUCCAGAAACCCGUCCCCGUGGACCCGUGGAGCGGAUUUGUGAAUGCCACGACCCUUCCCAACUCGUGCUUUCAGGAGCCGUCCAAUUAUUUUGACGGAUUUUCUGGAGAGGAGAUGUGGAACCCGAAUACCCCGUUGAGCGAAGACUGCCUCUAUUUAAACAUCUGGGUGCCCGAGCAAGCAUGGGGUUCUGAAAGAGAGAAACUUGCCGUAAUGGUAUGGAUCCACGGUGGAGGAUACGUGAGCGGCACGUCCACGCUGGACGUCUACGAUGGUGCGAUGCUUGCUCAUUCGGGAAACGUGAUUGUCGCUUCCCUCAAUUAUCGACUCGGCGCCUUUGGGUUCCUUUGUCUCGGAGUCCCGGUUGCCGCCUGCAAUCAAGGACUCUGGGAUCAGGCACUGGCCCUGAAAUGGAUACAGGAUAACAUAGAAGCCUUCGGAGGAGACGCCUCGAGGAUGACCCUCUUCGGGGAGAGCGCAGGAGGAGGCAUCGUGAGCGCCCUUCUUCUCUCCCCGGCUACGAGGCAUUUCUUCCGCCGGGGAAUCCUCCAGAGUGGAUCGAUCAACACUCCUUGGAGCUACAAGACAUUCGACGAUCAACGAAAGAUUUCUGUCGACCUCAUGAAGUCAGUUUUUGGAACGUACUUCCUCUUGUACUACUUCCUCAACAUCAUGGACAAAGACGAACCAACCCUGAUUUCCAGGGAUUUAUUCACAUCCCUCAUUAGCACAGAAAUCUUCGCGGGAAUGAACUCGAUGGAGAAGGAAGCAAUCAUCCUCCAGUACACGAAUUGGGACGACGUAGAAAAUCUCUCCGGCAAUCAGAAAAUGCUGGCAGACAUCAUCGGCGACUACUUUUUUCUUUGUCCGUUGAAUUUUUUCGCCGAAAAAAUUUCCCUCCGAGGAGCCAAGGUCUACUACUACUACUUCACCUGGGAUCCACCUAAUUUCGCAUUCACAUCCUUCCAGAGGUCGAGUUCGAAUCCAUGGGGACAAUGGAUGGGCGUGAUGCAUGGGGACGAGAUCGAAUACGUGUUUGGAACACCUGUCAUCAGCUCAUGGAAUCAUUCAGAAAUUGAACUGAGUCAACGAAUCAUGCACCAUUUCUCCAGCUUUGCAUCGACCGGAAAUCCCGCGAAGAAUGAGUCGGAGUGGCCAUUAUACACUGCGACGGAGCAGAAAUACUACAUUCUCAACGCGGCGGAGGUGGGGAUCGGGAAUGGACCGAGAGCCUGUCAAUGCGCCUUUUGGAACAAAAUCAUGCAUCAAUAUCGGACGGAUGGAAACAAUAACGAGUUAUUGGUUUGACCCAACUCAGAUUCCUUUCACUCUGAAUUGGUUUUGCUGCAAAGUAUGGCAAACUUUUAAAUUAGGAGAGUCCCUUGACUAAAAUCAUGUGUCCCCUUCUACGACUUCCAGGAAUAAAUAAAUACGAUGACGA